UCCUACAAAAUUUGGAAAUGAAAUCCUCUCCUCAUGCAUAGUAUCCUAAUAUUUCCUAACGUUCAAUCUUGGUCAUUCAUUUUACACAUGUGGAGCCCAUUAAAGAGGAUAGAGGGUGAUGGAGAGGAUGUAUGCAUUAGGAAACAAUGUGCAUGAGGAGAGGAUCGGGAUCCCAAAAUUUGUACCCACAACACACAUGACACAACACGCUACGUCCAAAAAGAAAAACAAUUAUUUUAUUUUAUUUGUGUGUCCGCACGCAUCACGCGCUCCAUAAAAAAAUCACAAAUUCAUCGCACUAUACAAAGCUUGGAUUUGCCCAGAACGGCAGAGCCAAAAAUGGGCGAGAAUGUUGAGGGCAAAGCGAAGAGGUGGUCUCUUGAGGGAGCAACAGCGUUGGUCACCGGAGGCACGAAAGGAAUCGGGCAUGCCAUAGUUGAAGAGUUGGUUAAAUUUGGAGCGACUGUGCAUACAUGUUCAAGGAAUGAAGCAGAGCUCGACAAAUGCCUGCGAGAAUGGAAGGGGCUGGGCUUCCCCGUCACCGGAUCAGUUUGCGAUGUGUCUUCUCGAGCUGACCAAGAGAAACUGAUGGAGGAAGUCUCUUCUAUUUUCCAUGGGAAACUCAACAUACUUAUCAAUAAUGCAGGCACACUCCUCAUGAAGCCAGCCGUAGAUUACACCGUUGAAGAUUACUCGGCCUUGAUGUCUGCCAACUUCGAGUCUGGCUUCCGUAUCAGCCAGCUAGCUCACCCUCUCCUCAAGGCGUCAGGAGCAGGCAGCAUUGUUCAAAUGUCUUCGGUGUCCGCCGUCAGAGCUGCGCCAUAUUCAGCCCUUUACGCUGCAUCUAAAGGAGCAAUGAACCAGCUUACGAAGAAUCUGGCUUGUGAGUGGGCGAAGGAUAAUAUUCGAACCAAUUGCAUUGCUCCGGGUCUGACCAGAACUCCACUUAUACAAUCUAUAAUGACUGAAGAGAACGAAGCUGAGUUUUCCAGUUCGAUCCCCCUCGGCCGCAUCGCAGAGCCAGAGGAUGUGGCUUCCCUGGCUGUGUUCCUCUGCCUACCCGCUGCUUCUUAUGUUACUGGCCAGCUUAUCUGUGUUGAUGGCGGCAAAACCGUGGUUGGUUAGAAUGUGUGAGUGCUUUCAGUUUGAGGUAUUUUUAUUGGGAUGAAAUAAAUUUGUUAUUUCUCACGUUGUGAAAUAUAUUUUCUGCUGCUUCAUUUGCGUUUGCUGUGUUCAAUAAAAUAUUUGUGAGUUUGUUGA